AUGACCAAUGGAGUUAAUUUGAACAAAAUUAAAGACAACAUAGCCAAAACAAAAAAACUCGAGCAAACAUUGGGCUCCGACAUUCAAUACACUAUGGCUAUGAUUGAUUCGGACGAUGAAGAAAAUGAAAGUUUGAACAACGCAUCUACACCUUCGAAACUGACAUCCAUGCAUUUGAGCAAGUUCAACGAUGCAGUGUCAAGAGCCAACACCUUAUUAGCCGAUGAUAGCGGGGAGAAAGUAACUAUCAGCGCAACGUUUCGCAAACUCAACUUCAUAUGUUCUAAUGAAUUCCACUAUGCUAUCCAUUCAUUAGAUGAUGCGGAGAGGUAUAUUAACCAAGCUCAAUCAACGCAUGUUGAUUUGUGGCUAAAUUCAACUGGACAUUUUCCCAUGCAUGAUAUUUUUGAUCGUGCUAUGGCUAGUGUGGUACAUGCACGGAAUAUUGCUGAACACAGUGGGAAAGGCCCUGAUCUCAACUUAUGCUUAGCCUGGAUAGCUUAUGCUUGCCAAGGCCAAAUAGGAGAUAUUGUUCCUCCUGGAGAACAAUUUCCUGCAUCAGUUCAAUAUAUAGCCAGAAAACUCCGGUGGUGUGAAUUACCAAAAGUUGCGAACAAAGAACGGGUCAAUUUAGCUAUAUGUCAAAUUUCCCGUGUUUUUGAAUUUAUAUCUGUUUGUAAUCUCUGCAAUCAAAGUACAGAAGAUAGAGCAAUUCUUUUGUUCUCCGUUUCUCGGAUAAUCUUAGACAAAUCGAUGGAAGCUCACAUACAAUUUAAAGCGAUUGAUGUCAUAGCAAAUAUCAUCAAUGCUAAUUCGUUAAACAGAAGAUCGGUCAUUGUGGAUUUCUCAAGACUCUUCUGCUUACUUUCAGACGAUUUCUGCGCUUUGCGGUUUGUCUUCGAAUGCUUUCGUCUGGCUCCUAUUCCACCAUAUGCACUAUUAUGCCUCGUGGGUACAGCCUUCAUAUCAGCUAGUGAAAGAGCAGAAUGUGAACCUGAUUUCAAUGAGGCCAUGACUGAUGAUGAACUAAUCGAUGCAUAUUUUUCGGUUAUUACAGAAACAUUCGUUGAUGCUAUGGAAGUAUUUGCUAAUGCUAAGAUGAAUCAAUCCGCCCUACUUAACAUGCUGGACGCUGCUCUCGUAAAGGAUUUAUUUGUAUUAGAUCACGCAAAAGGAAGUCGGCGUUUGGAUGAAAUCUCGAAAGUUACCGAACCGCUCACUGCGAAACUCUAUGAACGUAAAGGCAAUCCUGAUGAAGCUAUGUUUCGUUACCUUUCAAACAGGACCGUUUCGAGGUCCACUUCCAGCUCCCAGCCUAUUGGUCAGCUCAUAAGCGCUUCGCCGUUGCUUAGUAACCUUUUUCUCCCAGCUUUAAACCACCAGUCGCCUUAG